UCUUAACAUGUCCUUUGAGUAUGAGGGCAGAUCGUCCAUACGUUGUAUGUUGUUCGUCCAACGGUUGUCGGCCCGCUAGCAGCUGUUUCUGAUUAUCAGCAAGUCUGUAAUCUGUCUUCCCCUGACACCGAGAGGACAAGGACUCAUCUAAAGAGAAGACUGAAUUGAUCGGUUUAUUUUACACUAGACGUAUCUUAAGAUUCAUUCUGGGGUGAAACAACAGAGGUGAACAUCUAUAAAGACAUUCAUCUUUCCGUUCUCAAACCCAGAGACUGUGGACGGCUAGAAACUACCACAGCGAGUCAUCCAUCAAUUCCAGCUUUAUCUUUGAAGGAGACGGCUUAUAGUUUGUCAGCUGGCGUAAUAAAGAGUCCAUUUUCACCAUCAGUCUGUGGAAUAUACUGAUGACAAGUGAACAAGAAGCAAUCUGUCUGCAAACAGCCUUGUGUCCACAACUCGACCCUGUCAGGAAGAUACAACAGGAAGAAAAAGAACCGCAGUUCAAUCACCUUAUUCCCACUGAGGUGUCAACAUACCUCCUUCAGCUCUUCAACAUCCCUACCAAUAAGACAGCAUCAACAGUCUGACUCUAUUCCAGAUCGUUCAGUCAGGAUCGUUCAUCAGAAACACUCUAAUCGCAGAACAUAUGAACAGAACCAUAUAUCAAAGUAAAGCUUCGGCUGAAGUUUGAAGGCCUCUGAGGCUCGGUGAGUGUCAGCCUGCCAAGGAGUUCUGGCAACUAAUCGCACAUCCUAAAAGCAGAAGAGACAGGAAGUGUUCUCAGGUAAAGAGGCAGAGCGAUCAAGAAUCUGUCAAGACUCAUCCCUAAACAGCCAACGGUUUACCCAUCAGUUGACAGAGAGACAAACGCACACUUGUCGGAUCUUUAACAGACACCUGUUGGUCCACAACUAUUAAAGGCUCUUCUGACUAGUCAUGGCUGACUGGAGUCUGCUGGGAAACUUUCUAGAAGAAGUCCAGGAACAUUCCACCUCGGUGGGAAAGGUGUGGCUCACCAUUCUUUUUAUCUUCCGGAUCCUGGUCCUGGGCACGGCCGCCGAGUCCUCGUGGGGCGACGAGCAGGAAGACUUCACCUGCGACACAGAGCAGCCCGGUUGUGAGAACGUUUGUUACGAUAGAGCUUUUCCCAUCGCGCAUAUCCGCUUCUGGGUGCUCCAGAUUGUAUUCGUGUCCACACCUUCUCUCAUCUACAUGGGACACGCGAUGCACAUUGUCCGCAGAGAGGAGAAGAAGAGGAAAGAGCAGGAAGAUGAAGGAGCGCAAAGAGACAGAGAUGGAGAGAAGUACCCAGAGGAAGAAAAGAACUGUGGGAAGGAGGACGAAGGUGGAGGUGGGAAGUUGCGAUUGAAGGGGGCUUUGCUACAAACGUAUGUACUAAGCAUCCUCAUCCGCUCUGUAAUGGAAGUGAUCUUCAUCAUAGUCCAGUACAUGCUCUAUGGAGUUUUCCUUAAUGCGCUCUACGUGUGUAAGGCCAUUCCAUGUCCACAUGCAGUUAACUGCUACAUCUCGAGACCUACGGAGAAGAACGUGUUUAUUGUGUUUAUGCUGGCGGUAGCGGCUGUGUCGCUGUUGCUCAGUAUUGUAGAACUCUAUCAUUUGGCAUGGAAGCAGAUUAAGCGUUGUUUGCAAAGAUAUAAUGCUUCCAAACAGCGACCGAAUACACCAUCCACUGUAGCUGCAGUCUCACCAAACCGAACCUGCACUCCACCUCCUGACUUCAACCAAUGCCUGACAUCUCCACCGUCUUCCCCUACCAUACAGACACACGCACACUCGCUUUUACACCCAACCUGCCCGCCUUUUCACAAUCGGCUGGAGCACCAGCAAAACUCAGUGAACAUGGUCACUGAACGCCAUCGAGGUCAGGACUACCUAGGUGUCAACUUCUUGAGCUUCUCACAUACACCUACAGAGACGCCCAACUCGUUUCUAAGCAGUGAUUUUGUUGAGGACAAGCGAAGGUUUAGCAAGAGCAGCGGGACCAGCAGCCGCAUGAGACCAGAUGACCUUGCAGUAUAGCACUGACCAAUCGAAUCUGGAAAAGGGUCGUCUAGUGUGACGAGUCAUUAAUCUGCUACAUGAUUUUGCACUUGACCGAACAUAUUUACUUCAGUGCUGUCUGAUUGCCUGAGCCAGAAUACCGGUUCAUACAUUUGUGAGUGAUGCAUAAAAAAAAACAUUUGACUUUAUAUAAAAAAAAUAAAAAAAAAUAAAAAAAAGUCAACAUGAAAUCAAGACGUUAUACUUAAAUGCUUAUCUUUAUAAUCUUUCAUCAAAAUUUAGAAACUUCCUCGACCUCUGAAACGCCUUUUGUCGCUUUGCAUUUGGACUAAUGCAUUGGAAAUAUAAAAUAAUGCCAACUUUUUACUUUGAAAUACACCAUAGUUUCACUGUAAUAAUGCACUAUAAUGUAUUGUUGCACAAUGCACUGAUGAGAUGUUCUUCACUAACUUUGAUUUUUUUCCUCCUUAUUGGUAAAUGAGAUGUUUAUGAUAUUUUAUAUUUGCUUAACUUAGCAUGUAAAUAUUCUGGACUGCUGAUAAGAAAAUGAAGAUUUCUUUCUUCGUCAAAUGCAUAUCUCAAGUGGAAAAUGGACAUUGAGAACCAUUUGAAAUGGACAUUUUGCAUUUUGAACACUUACUGUGACUUCGCAACCCAUUUUGAUUGCGCAAAAAAGACAGGACAAUGGAGAGAGACAAAUGCGAUGUGAAAUAUUAUUGCAAAAAUGAAAACAUUAUUGUAAAUCCAGGGACUUUCAUAACAGGCCAGCGCUGAAGAAACGGUUGCAUCUAAUUUGAUAAAAACCAAAUCAUCCCGACAGUGCAAGAGCGAUUUAAACUGUGAAAAUCUGGGGUGAAGAGCUCUUGAACUGAGCCCAGUUGUGUAUACUUUGCCUGAAGAUAUGAAAGAAAAAGGAAUGUAAAACAAUGUUGUUGUUUUAACCUUUGCAGUCAUAUUUCUAAUUCUAUUUGUAAUAACAGAUGUGCUUGUUCUUAAAUUUGAUGUAUUAGAUUUUUUUAAUGUUAUUAACGCAUACAGAAAUAAAGAUAAAAUAAAAAAUAAAACCCUAAAUGUCAGCUCACAUCUAUAUAUGCACAAAACCCCCUACCACUUGCAUGUCAAAUUACAUCUAACCAAUCAUGUCACGGCUACCACUAGGUGGCGCAAUCACUCUCCACUACAAUACAAAGCUAGCCAGUAGACUAAAACAUGCACUCAUCAGAAUGCUCUGUGUAAGCUAAUAGGUCAUGUGUUAUCCUGACACUGAAGUGCUUUACAUUUUGUGCUGGUGGAUAAAUAGGGACCAAAUAAGUGAACUAGUCUCCGUGCAGCAGCUGCUAAAUCUCAGUUAACCUCGGCUAAAAUUAGCCCUGCAAUGGAAAGCACUCUCCGCCAUCAGUUCAAGAGCAACAUGUGUUGGAUCAUUAUUGCACAACAGCAAACAUUCAUUUUGAAAGAAUUUGCUAAAAGACACUGAGGUUGGAAUAGGACCGGUCCACUUCCAGGAGAAUCAAGCCAUGGUCAGCCAAGCAUGAAUUCACCACAUAAACAAGUGAACAAUUAGCAAAGACUGUAAGUGUAACUGCAAAGAUACCUAACUUAAAGCUGUUAAUAUUUGAAGGCGAGAUGAUACACACUGAGAUGUGCCAUUUUUAAAUGUACCUUACCUGUACCUGUAAUUCAUGCAUAAGCAUGCUAUUUAGAAUCUGUAAACGUAAAUUAAACAUUUCACAUAAAAUAAUACUUUACUAAUUUGAUUAUGUUUUAAAUUACAAAUAAGAGUGUAGUUCAAAGAUUUUCCAUAAAAAUAAAAAAUAAA